AUAUCUUUUUAGAACGCGAUACAACGCACAUUUUCCGACCCGUAUAGUCAUUUGAUCGACACAGAAAUGAAGCGAAUCAGACCUAUUCAGGGGCUGAAAUGCAUUCGGCUGUAAAAAAUUGGUUGAAUCGUGGCGAACUUGAGAGACUCGAAAAUGUUGUAUUGGAGGGUCGGGGCAUGCGUUUAUUAGGUGAACAAUCGCAAGAUCUUAGAACUCGUGUCUUCUUGAAGGGACUCCCUAACUAUUUGACGAAGAUCUCUCAAGUGCACGAUGCUGUUGCGCGCGGCUCGUUAGCUGAAACGCAGAAGAUAAUUUCUGAGGAAUCGAAGAAAAAGCUGGCGAUCGCGAAGGAUUCAUGUGGAAUACCUUUGAUACACAAAGCGGUCUACUAUGAUCAACCCGAGAUAGUGUCUUGGCUCGUAGAAAAUUACCCUAUUACGCCACAACAGAAAGAUAGAGAAGGACGUACAGCCCUACACUAUUGUUGUGUGUGUAAAGAUCCUGAUCCAAUCUGGGAUAUUCUCAUAGAAGGCGGAUGUGACACUAGUAUUUGUGACAAGAAAGGAAAUCCGGCUUCUUAUUACUUGGAACAUUCUUCGGAGAUUGAAUUACCGGAAGUAGAGAUGACAACUCGACGAAGAAAAAGUACCGCAAAGGAUAAUAUGGAUUUCAAGCCCUCCAAUAUCAGGAUAUGGAUACACAACAAAGACAUCGGAAAAUUACAGCAAGUGUUGUGGGAGGGACAUGGAUCUAAACUUCGAUGCGAGACCAGCAAUAAUCCGCGGAUAAGAAGAUUCUUAGAAGCCGUGCCCUUUAUUAUGGGCACAAUAAAGGAUAUUCAUGCAACAGUCAUUAAUAAUGAUUUGGAGGGUCUCAAGACAAAAUUGGAGGAACCUAUUUUGCCUAUUAUUUUAUGCGGCAAGGACGCAAAUGGCUUAAAUGCCCUUCACAAAGCUGCUGGUUUGGGAUACACGGACAUCGCACGUGAAAUCCUUGAAAGAUGCCCUGCAACGGUAAUGGCUCAAGACAAUGAAGGAAAGACUCCACUGCAUUAUGCAGCUGCACUUAAGGACGACGGCGUCAUGUAUGAUCUUUUAACAGAGCAUGGAGCCGAUGAAAGUAAACUAGAUAACAGACAAAAAGCGCCUGCAUUUUACAAGAACCGCCCUUCGGACGUAGACCUGUCGAAUUUGUCAAUGAUACCGGAAGCUCCCCGAGUUUCCGAUACUUAUCCAAAAAGUUGGGACUGGAGGAUCUUGGAGGGAGCCAUUAUACGAGGCAUGAAGAAAGUUAACAGUGAUGAUAGCGCUUUCGGUAGUGCCGAAUCCACAAUGAAGGAUUCGGAUGAGAAGAAAGGCGAUGAUGAGCAAGAAAACGAGGAGGCUGAAACUCCGAAUGGAGACGAGGAAGUUGAGAAUCCAAAUGGAGAAGAGGAAGCACAGAAUGAAGAACAAGAAGUACAGAAUGAAGAACAAGAAGCACAGAAUGAAGAACAAGAAGCACAAAAUGAAGAAGAGGAGGAAGCACAGAACGGAGAAGAGGAAGCACAAAAUGAAGAUGAGGCGAAUGACGGAGGAGACGAAAAUGAAGCCGAAGCAGAAAAUAACGAGGAAGAUGCCACCAAUGAGAACGAAGAAGAGCAAGAGGAAAAAGCAUCAUCUGACGAUGAUGUGGUAACUGGACCUGUCGCGGAACCAACGAAAGACGAGGAGGAUGGGCCUGAAGCUGUCCAUAAUGAGGAUAGUAUCUACGAGGAAUCCCCGAAGAUUGAGGAAAUCGCUAAUGAUGAAAUCGUCGAACACGAAGAAAGAAACGAGCCUAGUACUGGCGAUUCUGGCGUUGACGAUCCUGCACAAGAUGAAGAGCAGCAGGUCAUCGUCGGCGAACAUCAGGAGCCCGCGGAAGUAGAAUUGACUGAGGGUAGUAUGGGCCGAGAUCUAGAAGUAGAUAGUUUACUAGAGAAUGACAAUAUGGAACAAUUAGCGGUUCUCGUUCUCAAUGGUGAAGGCCGACGAUUGGUCGGACGACAGUGCGGAAAUCCCGAACUCCAAGCUUUCAUCGACAAUGUUCCGACUUAUAUGGGAAAAAUUCAUGCUGUGCACAUGGCAGCGCGAGAAGGAAAUCUUCGAGACCUGCAAAGCGCACUGGAUCGCCGUAAAUUCGCAGUGGCGCGAGACGAAUCGUCACCCCAUGGCGCAACGCCAUUACAUGUGGCCGUUAUCUUUGGACAUACCAUUAUCAUUAGGUAUCUGGCAGGAAGAUUUCCAGAAACUACUAACGCGAUCGAUCUCGACGGACGAACUCCGUUACAUUACGCUGCAACGCUCGCAGACAAUGGUCAUUACUAUAAUCUUUUGCUACAUUUGGGUGCCAAUCCCUUAAUAGAGGAUAAUUUCGGACAAAAGGCAGAUUAUUACAAGCGAAAUCAAAGCGACUUAUCGCACAAAAAACUUCUUCGCAGUUUCGGGGCUAGCGAGACAUUCGCCGAUGAAAUGUUGACAGAUAAAGUACCCGGAGGUGAUAUCUACUCGGCUCGGCGUGACGUAAGCGAGCCUGAAAUCCUGGCAACUCUGGAACGAUGUUUCCGAUUACUGGCGGGCAAUCGGCGAUCGUCGUUACCAAAAACUCCGUCGUCGAACGCCGGUACACUAGUCGCUCGUUGCCUAAAACGGCCCGUGUUCGAUUUGAUCAAGCACCGUGUGACUCGCAUGGAUCACAAUCUUUUUGACGUGAUCUGGCCUUCUCUGAAAAGGUACGGUACCGUCACAGGCAACGGCAGCAAGACCAGCAGUGCUCGCUCGAACAUCAGCAUCGCAGACGAGGAUCAUGGUUAUGGCGUGGUCGCGCCUGAUUUUGAAAGUUAUGUCGUCUUUACGGAGUUCUUCGAUCCCUUCAUUCGGGAGCUGCACUGCGUAACUGCAAGUGGCGAUCUACCCGAUCAUUCGCUACCACGUUUCUUCAGCGAAAGCGAAGAGGGCGAGGAGGCUCCGCCGGAUGAAACGAUUGUCACCGCACUCGAACAAUACGAUCUAGACCCGACCGCCAAAUAUAUCCAAGCCGGUAUUUUAGAGUGUACCCGGAACCUAGUUAAUUACAGCCUACCAUUGACUUUGACGGUCAAUCAGCUGGAAGAGGUCGAAAGGGAAAUCACCAAUCAACUAAUGAGUUCAGAGAUAACCGACCUGAUGGCAGAAGGAAGCAGUGAGGACGAAGCUGGCACGUACUUCACUCUUAAUGAAAUUCUCGAACAACCCAGCCAAAUACGGGCGCAAUUAGCGGCAGCCGGUCUAUUGUUACCAAUCACGGAAUUCGAGCCAAACGACGAACGACGUCUUCACGGCAAGCAUUGGCCCUAUGGACGUGGUGUGUAUGUCACUACCGCCGGCGAUCUCGCGGCAUGGGUAAACAUUCAGGAUCACUUGAGGGUCAUCUGUCGCACCAAUGAGAACCGACCAGGUUUACUGGGUCGCGCUUAUGUUAGGGUAGCUAAACUAAUGAUGAUAUUCGACCAAAGACUAAAAUUCAAACGAGAUCAGAAACUAGGUUUUCUGUCCGCCCGUCCACACACCCUCGGCAACACCAUCAGAUUCUGCCUGAUCAUACGAUUUUCUGAACUUUCGAAAACACCUGACAAUUUGCGACAUCUAUGCGUGGUGCGUGGCUUGAACGUGCGUGACACCGUGAAAAGCGAUAUGGUGAGGAUCGGUAAUCAACAAUCACUAGCCAUUACCGAACUGCAGACCCUCCAGGACUUCUCCAGAGCGGUGCACAAUAUCAUCACGCUGGAGAAGGAAUUAUCGCUGAACAACUCGAUGAAGAUCGCCAAUCUCAUCACCGGCAUAUUCCGCAAGCGAGCGAACGCGGCGAGGAAUCUCGCGAAGACAUAAAAUUGGUGGUCACAAUUUCGAGAAACAAUAAUAUUAGAUUUUAAGUUAUUAAAAAUGAUCUAUUUAAUCACCUUCUGCUCGCUUUAGAGACAAAAUUGGCAAGUAACAGUUUGUUAAAAACAAACUGCAUAAGGCAAACGAGAAUUAUCGAAAAUAA